AUGCCAUUUUGGUUCCUGACGUUGUGUAUUAUAGUUUUCUUACUGUCGAGUGCCAGUACGUAUUUCCAAGCUAAGAGGCGCUACUUUAUCCUUACUUGUCUUGGUAUCACGGGAAUUUUAUUUAGUCUUUCUUUUCUUAUUGCUGCCAUCUCACUUCCAGAAGAUAAAACAUUUGAAAAUUUGAAUGAAAAAGAAGUCGUCAUUUGUCACGUCACAGGAAUAUUGUUUGCAAUACAAUCAAUGGCUAUUUUAUCUAUAGUAUUCGCCUUAUCAAUUGAUCUUUUUAUUACGUUUAGAAUCAAAGAUGGAGCAAUAAAAGAUAGUUUCAUAUUGAAAUCUAUCAUUAUCUUUUAUUGUUGUAUUCAACCUACCCUAUUCAUAGUAAUAAAUAUAAUUUUAAUGUUAAUUGAAGAUAUUCGAAUUAUUCAUAUAGAGAAAAGUGGAUGGUGUAAUGUUAGAAUGGGAGGAAACCGUUGGGGCGUAUUAUUCGUAAGAGCGAUUCCUCUUUGGUUUAUUUCAAUUCCCGGAGCAUCGAUAGCAUGUGCCGCCAUUUUUCCUUCUUUGGUUAUGGCAAUUAAAUCUCGCAUUAAGAAUCAGGAAUCUCGAAGUCAAUCAACGAUGUUGUCGCGAAAUCGCACCUCCAAGGAAUACUCGAAUGAAAUUGUACCUCGUUCAACUUCACCAACUUCGGCAACAUCACCGGCUCCGGACGGUUCUCCAUCUGAUUUAUCGCCAUCGACAUUUCAAAGUUCUAAUAGGAUAUCUAAUGAGAGAAUGGCUUUAUAUUGUAUCAUAUAUUCAGCAAUAAAUGUACCACAUAGUAUUUAUGGUCUAAUUAAAUUUUUUGAUUAUUGGAAAGGAAAUAAAAUUUUAAAUAAGGAAGAUGCGUUAUUUUCGGAUUAUUUAACAGCUGGAAUUUGUAUGGCAACAUUUAUAUUAGCGUUUUUCAUAUUUUCGACAAAUGACUCAUCUUUAAAGCAAUAUAAACAAGCAUGUUUUUGGUGGAAACUGAAUUGUUUUAACCCAUUUUAUGGAUUUAUUACAAGGCGAAAAAAAGAUUCAAUUCAUGUAGAUAUAGUAGGAGCAAACGUGACAAAGGAUCCUAGAGAAAGUAUUAACGCAAGAACAAUUUUACCAGAAGAAAAUAAUAUUUCUUCAAAUGAAACGCAAGAUAAUUUAGCGGUUAUGGUUUCAAGUAAAAAUAGCAUAACAUCAAAACAUAAGAAAAGGUGGUCAAUUUUUACUACUUCACAGGAAAGUUUAGUAGAAUCAGAAAGAGCGAGGAAGAAACGUCCAUCAACUGAAGGCACAAUAACAUUCACUAUAGAUGAAAAUUCAUCUCCUACAGCACUUUUAUUUAAUCAAAAUACAAAUCUACAUACUCAUAAUUCGUCAAUGUCUUCAACAUCAAUUUAUUCAUCAAGUACCGCUAUAGCUAUAGAACCUUCUGAAACUUUAUCACCGCAAAGUAAUAAUGAUCCACCAGAUAAACCAAUAGCUAUUCCAAUUUGGGGAGGACUAUCGCCUGCACCAAGGAGAAUUCCACCCCAUUAUAAUCCUUUAAGAGAUUAUGAAGAUAAAGAUGAAGAAGUUACUAUCAAACGAUCAUCUUCACCGCAAAUACGACAUAUUCAAAUAAAUCCGCGCCAAACAGCUUCCGCACCAACAUCACCAACGUUACUACAAUAUCGUUCACGCUCACCACCUGGAUUAAGUCAUAUGAGAACAAGCAGAAUGUCAACCGAUCGUUAUAAUUCACGUAGACCUACGUCUCCAUUACGUAGUCCUUCGUCACUAAUAUCAAAUAACAGAUCAUCUGGUAGUUCUUCGACAAAUUAUGUCAAUAGUUCCCAAGAAACACCUACAAGUACGUUUGAAGAUAUGCAAGAGGAAUAUGAAGAUGAUGGAACGGAUCCCUUUCCAUCAUUACUAAAGCUAGGGAAAACCUUUAAUGAUGGUAUAGGAUCCUGGAGAUCUUCAAAUCCAUUAACACUUGGUACAAGGUCCGUCAGAUUGAGUAAUAGUGGUGCAUUUAAUUCAAGGGUAUGGGACAGACCGGACACGGAAGCUAUAAGCAUAAUAUCAUCAUCCUCAACUAUGGAUUCGCUAAGAAACACAGGAAAUCUUUCCAGAAGCGGUAGUUUACCGAUAACGAAUUAUGUUAAUGGUAAUAAUAGUAGGAUCGAGAGUCAAAAAAAAUGA